GUCCCGACCAGGAGGCAGCGGACUUUGGGAAAACCAGCUCGUUCUAAACUCGAUAGCUGCAUUAGCUACACGGAUUAACGGCAGCUUUAGCGGUUGUUGCUAUCAUAUGAUAGUGUGUCUGCGUUUCCAUUUAAGUCGUUUCGACGGGGGAAGGGUGUUUGGCCCAUUUUUGGAGAGGGCUAACCCCGGAGAGAGCCUCGUACUCGGUUGUGUUUCCCCGUUGGAGCGGACGGAGCUUUCGGCUGUGGCCGGGCAGCGCCGCCGGACUGUCGGACGAAACUGCUAGCUCCUACACGGAAUAUAACAACAACACUCAACGUUUUAAACUCGCUGUUUUCGUGCCGGAAGGUUUUGGAAAUGCUCGUUUAAACGCCGUUUUGAUGUUUUAAAGCCACGGAGCUCGCCGAAGGGAAGUUUUGAUUGGAGAGCGGAGUGCGCUUGAUUUCUAGUCCGAUGGAUGUUAGCCCUGCCCGGCUGUGGCACGGCUCUCUGCUCCGCUGCUCUGACAAUAACACAGGUGAACACGUCUGUUCAUAACAAUGCUGCAGACCUGGCAAAUACAUGGCAGCCCGGGCUUGAAUGCCAACAAGUCGCCCUCCAUUGCUUGUCUGUAAACCUGGAAAUACCACCAACCAUCCCCUCCUCCUCCUCUUCCUCCUCCUCUUCCUCCCCUCUUCUUCUUUUUUUGGACUAGUAAGGCUUGCAUUACCUGGGAUAUUUUGGAUUUAGGCUCGAUCUCGACAUUUUAAAGAUGUCCUUUUUGCAGAGACAGUGCUCCCUGGAGCAACAAGACAUUUAAUUUUGAGAUUUUUUGGGCUUUUUUUUUUUUUUUUGGUUUUUAUUCUCUUUCUAGUCAGAGGAUCAGAUUCGGAUGGAAAAUGGGAGACGCCACCAAACUGGCCUUCGCCGUUUUCCUCAUCUCCUGCUCUUCAGGUGCCAUCCUGGGUCGCUCGGAGACUCAGGAGUGCGUCUACUACAACUCCAGCUGGGAGAAGGAGCACACCAACCGCAGCGGCAUCGAGCCCUGCUAUGGCGAGAAAGACAAGAGGCGGCACUGCUUCGCCACGUGGAAGAACGUCUCCGGCACCGUGGAGGUCGUCAAGCAAGGAUGCUGGUUAGACGAUGUCAACUGCUACGACAGUAACGAGUGCGUGGAGAGGAAGGAGAGUCCAGACGUUUUCUUCUGCUGCUGUGAAGGCAACAUGUGCAACGAGAGGUUCCUGUACGCCCCCGACGCGCCCCCGCAGAGCGAGACGCACCAUUCGACCGCCUACACCACCUCCAACCCAUUUUCCCAGAAGCCACAGCUCUUCAGCACGCUGCUUUACUCCCUGGUUCCCAUCAUAGGCCUGGCAGCCGUCGUCCUCUUCUCUUUCUGGAUGUGGAGACACCACAAGUUGGCCUAUCCGGCCGCCCUCGUCCCUACACAUGAUCCCGGACCGUCGCCCCCGUCUCCCGUCCUGGGACACAAACCGCUGCAGCUGAUCGAGGUGAAAGCCAGGGGGCGCUUCGGCUGCGUGUGGAAGGCUCAGCUGCUCAACGACUACGUGGCCGUUAAGAUCUUCCCGAUCCAGGACAAGCUGUCUUGGCAGAACGAGUAUGAGAUCUACAGCGUGAGCGGCAUGAAGCACGACAACAUCCUCCACUUUAUCGGCGUGGAGAAGAGGAACAAUAACUUAGACCUGGAGCUGUGGCUCAUCACCGCCUACCACGACAAGGGCUCGCUGACAGACUACCUGAAGGCCAACGUGGUGUCGUGGAACGAGUUGUGCCACAUCACCCAGACGGCGGCCCGCGGCCUGGCCUACCUUCAUGAAGACAUCCCAGGACACAAAGACGGACACAAGCCCUCUAUUGCUCACAGGGACAUUAAGAGUAAGAAUGUGCUGUUGAAGAGUAACCUGACAGCCUGCAUAGCUGACUUUGGCCUUGCCCUGAAGUUUGAGGCUGGAAAAUCAGCAGGAGACACACAUGGACAGGUGGGAACGCGGCGCUACAUGGCUCCUGAAGUCCUGGAGGGCGCCAUCAACUUCCAGCGAGACUCCUUCCUGCGUAUCGACAUGUACGCUUUCGGACUCGUCCUCUGGGAACUCGCGGCGCGAUGCACCGCUGCCGACGGCCCGGUAGAUGAGUACAUGCUCCCGUUUGAGGAGGAGGUGGGUCAGCAUCCCUCUCUGGAGGACAUGCAGGAGGUCGUCGUGCAUAAGAAACUGCGGCCCUGCCUGCGAGACUGCUGGCAGAAACACACGGGUCUGGCCAUGCUCUGCGAAACCAUCGAGGACUGCUGGGACCACGAGGCCGAGGCUCGCCUGUCUGCUGGCUGCGUCGAGGAACGCAUCGGCCAAAUGCAGCGCCAAGCACCGAUCAUCGGCCCCGAGGAGAUCGUCACUGUUGUCACCAUGGUGACCAAUGUGGACCUCCCGCCUAAGGAGUCCAGCUUAUGAUCGGCCAAUCAACCGACACCGGAUGAGCUUGUGGAACCGCAUUGGAUCAACACGAGGGGAUGAACAGCCGACCCUGGUUGGUUGGCAUAGUGUUUUUUUUGUUUUUUUCUUUAUGUUUUCCGUUUUUGUCUUGAUUUUUUUUGUUUCUUUAAGUGCGGGCCGCUACUCGCGUUCAGGAAACACCCUGCGCCCACCUCACCACAUCAGUUGAUCUCCACCUCAUUUUGUGUGCCUGAGGAUUUUAACGUUUUAACGGUCGAAACUCUUCUCAUCCCGAGCAAACGAUUCAGGAUAUUUUACGACGACAGUAACGACGUCACCGAGUGACAGUGCUGUCAUGCUGGGACGACGACACUCAACAAACACUUUUAUCAUGUAUUGUUUUUAUAUACAUACACACACACAUAGGAGGGCAACCUGUUCUGCUCGGUUUUCUACAGAGAGAGGAGAUCUUGCAGAGAAAUUUCACAGAACUCUCAGUGCAUUUUAGUGUAAAAAGAAAAAAAAAAAAAGACGAGCAUCUGGCUCUCAAUACAUUUGCUGUUUUCUCGUGUGCGUUUUUUUUGAAGAAACGACUAUCGUUCUGCCAAUAAGCAACGGCUUCUGAAUGUUUAUAGUGUAAUGCUGCUGUACAUAGUGUAUUAUGGACCCAGACAACUUGGUAAUCAAGCUUAUUUUAAAGGGGUGAGGGGGAAGGGGGGAGGGGAGGGUCCAUUUUCAAGCAUUACGACGAUAAAAACCAUAAACCUCCUUCAACCAGGUAUACCUCAGUUCAGAUGGACACAGUUUAAAUUAAUCCCUCUCCCUGUUCACAGUCAUAGCUUACAUUUUCCACAACCUUGGCUCUCCAUGACAUCCAAACAAUCUACUGUUAACCUGUGACGCUCAUGGGUAAUGUAGUCAGCAAAAGCCUCGAUAGACAUGGCCAUACAAACAGUAAUCACAAGUAUUGCUCCCUUUUUUUCUCUCCUUUCUUAAUCUCAAGUUUAGUUUUGCUCCACUUUGAUUUUUGACUGAAUUCCUCCUUUUUGUUAGUUUUGUUUAUUAUUUUCUCUUUGAGAUUUUCUGCUGAUAAUGGGAAAAAAAAAACACAUAACCCCCCAUGAUGAAGUUAUAUGUCGUUUAAAGUGAUUUUCCGUUUUGGUUUGCCGUGUCAACUGUCAACGGAGUAAUAAUAUAUCGCUGACAAGCCUAAUUUUGGCCGUGAGAUUUGGAUAUAAAAUAUAUGUAUUUAUAUCUUUCUGGAUUAGUGCUGGGUACCAACCAAUGAUACCUUUGAUGUUUGGUAUGGGUACCAAAUCAGAAGGUGUUGAAACGCUUCAAGAUUGUCAAACUCUUGGAGCAAUUGUUCUUGUUCGAGCUCAUGGCUAUGUUUUUUUUUAAUUUGUGAAAUCAGUUAUGUGUGGUCUGAUUCUGUUUAGAAAAGCAGAGUGACAAAAUGAAUCAUUCAAUUUGUUUAUUUUAGAAGAGGUGUCAGAUUUGAAGUGCAGUUUUCAAGAAGUUUCCAAAGGUACCCAGCCCUACUUUGGAAUUGUACCUGUAUUUAGCUGAGCCAGCUUGCUUUUGAUUUGAUUGCACACAUCUUUUUUUUUUUCUUUUUUUUGGAUUACUAUCAAGAGUUUCUGCUCUCUUUUGAUACGCCUCAGGAAUCUUUGCUACUCACCACCUCCUCACAUCUUCCUCCUCCUCCUCCUCCUCCUCAUCGUCACCUGUCUCGGACUGGAGUACCUCCUCCCUUGCUGAUUCUUACGCUUCCUCUCUCUCUCUCUCUUUUUCCUCGUCUUCACUUUGUCAGGGAUUAGCCGUGCCAUCAUGUUCAAAACAACCUCCGCUUCUUUAGGACCGGCCUAAAUUUAAUCUUAACACUAAUCCUGGACAGAGAGGUCAUAAGAUGUUGUCUGUCUUGUGUAACUUUGUCUAAGCGUGGACAUCUUAUGUUUGUCGUCAGUGAAAGACACAACCCAGUCUAAGUUAAAAGUGUUAAAGUUUUCACAAAACAAUUAUGUGCUUAAAAAAAAAACAUUCAUGUGCAACUUUAUGUUAGUUUUCCUACAACAGGGCUGAAAUGAGUGGUUUAGAAAACCUCCUGACACUAAGUGAGCACUCACACGGAUAUCUGUAUUAAGACAAGUGGAGACGAGGAACCUCUCUUUCUCUCUCUCAUCCUGGUGCCAUUUCUACGUAUCCAUUAUAGUUACUCUUGUAGAUGUCAGGCAAAACGGAUGUAUCUGUCAUCGUUGCGAAGGCAACAGUGACAUUUUUGAGUCUUUAUUUCCUCUGAGGGACAUUAAACACUGGUGCCGGCAAACCUGCAGUCUCUCCUCAAGCUUUUGGGACGGUUUCACAGGACACAGUAUAAAAUCGUUCUAAAAAUCAAAUGAUGAGGUUGGGAAUACUUAAGACAUGAAUAAACUUCUUUCAUAUCGUUCAGGCAAUAGAUAAUAACGCUUAGUUUUUAACAAUCUUUACAUUUUAAGUAAAGUAAGAGCCAAGUAAACAAGUAAAACACUAAAGAAUGACAUUGCCAAGUGAUCAUUUACACAUAAAAUGAUUCUCGACAGAGUCGAAGCAAAUGCUGCCUUCACAGCGCAACAAGGUCUAUAAUUGAGCUAAAUAUUUGUUCUAAGCACUGUGUUCCAGCAUGAAGAUCACAAUACUCAUUUACAUUUUCCUCAAAUAUCCUGCUAUACAUGCUGUAUUUAUUCAGUUUUGUACAAACUGAUUUUACUUGGUUUUUCUACAAUUCAAAAUACAGACCUUUCCACCAAAAACCCAACAACUAAAAAAGUACACCUCUUAAAUCGGAGAAAGCAACAAGAGAAGUGCGGCAAGUUUGCGAUAUAAUUUCAACACAUGGUAGGACUAUUGUAACAACACAGCAAACCUGAAGGAAGUUGAAGCCAUCAUCUUGUUAUUUACUUAAUGUAGCAUACAAGAGUACAAUAUUUGCAUCAAUAUCGCUUCCUUUUGCUGCUGCAGUUUUUCAAUUAACUGCUAUUCAGAAACAGCCAUUGUCUAAGGUCCUCGUGAAGCUUGAACAGUCAGGGACGAUCAGUACUGCAAACCCCAGCAGCCCUUCAAUAAGCACUACCUCACUCGCAGGGAUUCUUUUAGGGGUAGGAAGUAUGGCAAAUAAACCAAAAUCAAAACCGGAUUCCUCCAGUAGAAAAGGGAGCAAAAAUUUCAAAAAGCUUGUGAAAUGAAAUCGGGAGAAAGUCCCAGUUUGGGGGAUUAUUUCCUGGAAUAAACCCCCAUUUCUCCCCACAAGUUUGAGAUGACUGAAAGAAGCAAAAUAAGGCUAAAAAGAAGUUUCCUCAUUAGUACUGUAAUACAUGAUCUAGUGCUGUGAAAGUUGUUUUUUUUACUGUACAAGACUGAACGACAGCAGAAAGGAAACAGAUCCUUGACAUCUGAGUAUAUGCUGACUGGUUCAAACAGAAAGGACAGUAUUAUCCUUCUUUUAUCCCCAAGUUUGUGUCUUAAAAUGCAAAAGUAGCUCACCAGUAUUUCAGCAGCCAAGUGAAUUUUUAAAAAUGGCCUCCAGAUGUUGGUUGGCUACCUGCCAAAGUGGCUGGUAGAGUCACCAAACCUAUCAGCCACAGCAAAAAAACGUGCCAACGCUUGGUUGGUGGUCACGUCCCAGUACGUCCCAGAACUUUAUGUAGGUAGGACAUGUUUUAAUGCUGAUAUGCUUUUGAAGAUUUCACAGAAACCUGUUUCACAAAAUUAUUUCAUAAUGGGAAAUGACAAAUGCAAAACAAAAAAAAAAAAACAGGAAUAUGAAUGAACACAAACAGGUACAAGAGGUAAAAAGUAAGACCAUGGGCAGUUAUAAUACAAAAACAUUACAUAUAUUACAAUUCAUUUUAAGCGACAAAACCACCUCAUCUGCUUGGGUCAAAGAUAACAGGAAAGAUUUUUAGGAACAACUUUGCAUCAUGUGUUUAAAAACUCAGCAAAGUUAGUAUUUCUUUCCCCUCUACUGACCCUUUUGGGCUCCAUACAAACCUCUCAUCUACUUAUCUACAAAAACUGGAAUAAACCUCACAGCCUCAGAUCAUUUGAGAAGAUUUGACUGCUUCAUUAAUGCCCUCGGAGCAGCUUUUGCAGUUGGUUUCAAGAAAAAAAUGACAAAAUUGAGUUUAAACUGCACCUGAGAAACCGUCCCAAACCAACAAAUACCAUUCAGGGAUUCAGUACUAUGCUUUUCUAAGUUCUAGCGAGUUAUAUGCAACCAGUGCCGCAAACUACCCUACACUUCUGUAGGAUCAGCUGCAGGAGUGACUUUCAGUAUACACACACACAAAUAACUUGUAGCAUUUUAAUUUUUUUUUUAAUCCGUGACCUUGCAUAUUGAUAUGUUGUAUUUAUUUUUUAAUUUACAGGCCUCGGGUUUUGGGGAUCACAGCUCAGGUGCAACUCAAAAUAAAGUUAUAAGAGUUGGCACGAUUUAUGGUUGUUGUUGGGGGGUUGGGGGUGGGUGUUCAGUUGUAAUUCAGGAAAUACUUUCAUUAAUUCUAAAAGAAACGAUAUAAACUGUAACGUGCUUCUUUCUAUUCAGUCUACGGACAAACGACCGAGAAUGAAUGUUCUUCAGACUCCUGGAUUCCAGUAUUGUGUGUACUUUGAUGGAUUGAGCCCGGCCCCGUGUAACUUUAGAGGGCUUUGCGUUUGGCUGGUUUCGUGUGAUUGUGCCCUGUCGCUGUAGAAACUGAUAAAACCGACACACAUGGAGUUCCAUUCAUACACCUCCCGGCUGCUGAAGUAUCUUUGAUCCAAGAUGUGAACAACUACCUUCUCUAGAAGGUGUACCACGCAGAGAAAAGGAAAGAAGUGUAACCAAAAAAGUACCAAUAUUGCUUUGUCCCUUCCUCACAUCUUAACAGGGCGCUUUUAAUAGGCUCCUUAACCUUUAAGAAGCAUUUCAGUUUGUCCGAAAUGGAUUUCUGGCUCUGUUUGUCUUUGUCUGAACCCUCUUCCCCUCUUCAAACCAAUUACAGAUCCGCUAAAUCUCUUUAGUUCCCCUCAGAUCUCCGCUGUAGUCUGAAUGUUGAAUCAGAACAUCGUCAUUUAGAGGUGUAUGAAUGUGUUUUCCCAGCGUGCAGGCUUUCCAGUUUUCUACCUUGACUUCCUCCAGCCCAGCAUCUCACAUUGCUGUGCAUAUAAACUACCAGUGGAACAUUUGUGUCUUGUUGCCCCCACUAUUUUAAGCAGUCUAGGAUCUGUACAGACAUGAGAACAUAAAUACCUGUAUCAACUAUAUACUCUGAGCUGAAUCUUUAUAAGUACGUGUUGAACUUCAGUGUUUCCUCUACAUUCAUUUAUACUUUUCUUGUAUUUUGAUUCAAAAUUGUCCCUUACUACGCAAAAAAUAACUUAAGUUGAGCUUUGUGUAAGCUAAAAGCUAGAGGCUCAUUGGAGUACUUUGUAAGGCAUCCAAGAAAGCACUUAAGGGUUCCUCGAAAGAAAAAAAUAACAAAGUUUCAGCCCAGGGUGUUCCUCAAGGAGCCUACCCGGGUCCCCUGACGGUUGCAUUUUUAAGAACCCCUGAAGCUCUUUAAGAGCAAAAUGCAAUACUCCAUAUGUGAUAAUACAAUCAUCCACUACAGGUAUUUCAUUCCAGCAUCUCAACCUCCUGCUUUUUCCCACUGUUGGUAAGAAUUUUAGAGGAAACAUUGAACUCCAAUGACCUCGCCACCAAGACUGUCUUGGCAGCAAGAUGUCUGGUUGCCAGGCCAGAAAUUUCUACAAAAAAAGCAAAAACACUACAAGCGUUUUUGACCCCAUAUUUCUCGAGGUUCUCCGAGUCGCAACGCUGAUCCAGGAUCUGCCAACGCAGCCUCUAAUGGUAAUAAUGCUCACAGGGUUUCUGGUUUUUAAGGCUGGAAGAAAUCUGAUCAUUUGUUUCUCUAAGGUGAUGAAAUUGUCUUGUUUCUUAGCUCCUGAUAAAGAACUGUGACUGUGCAUUUUAUGUUACUGACAUAAAAAAAAUGUGAAAAUAGGAAAAGAAACUAAGGUCUGGAAUUUCAAACUGGAAAGUGUGUAGGAAGUACAUCAAAAGCAUCCUCAAGAGUUAGUUUUUACCAGCUCUAGGGGUUCUCACCCUGACCUUUGACCUCCCAGUGAAGGGACAAGGGGGGAUUAGAGAAAAGAGAACUGCCUUCAAAAAGUAUUAUAGCAAGUAAAAACCUUCAGAAACCCUGGAUACAUUAUCACAGACGAGACUAAACUGAUCCCUGAUCAACGCUGUGACUCUCGGCUAAUGUUAGCCGGUCGUGGUUUUUAUCAGCUGAAGUGAUCCACGUGAUGUAAAUAAAUGUGUUUUUAGAUUGUGAA